UCAGUUCUUCGCAGGCAGGUGAUCCAAGUAAAAAUAAAUACCAACUAAUAUUAUUUUGUUCCAUGGGAUGGAGCGUUGGCAAAUCGGCAAAUCGAAAUGUUUUAGAGUAGCUCCGUCACAUUCUGCCAAGUGAAGUCGCGUUGGCAUCAUGCCUAAGGCAAAUGAAGAGGGACGAUGUUGGAGUAGGAGGACAGGGUUGGAGAAGAAAUUGAUAAUUGGUGCCUCAGUGCUCGCCGCUAUAGCCCUUAUACUUUUCUUGAUAUUCGCUUUACAGAAGUCCUGUGAGGUCGCCGAAGAAGAAUGCAACACCAAGAGCUGCGUGAAGGCAGCAGCGGAGCUAUUAGAAUUCGUGGACCUCAAGGCUGACCCAUGUCACAACUUCUACAAAUUCUCGUGCGGAUCGUUCUUCAAAAACGCCGUGAAAAAAGACACCCCCUCUCCAUGGACUUCCACGAGAACCCUCUUCGAGAAUGAGAUGAAAGGACUGGUCGUCGAUCCCAUAGGAGACAGAGAUUCCAACGCCCACGUUCUGAUGAAGAAGUUCUACCACGAGUGCAUGAACACCACCAAGAUAGAGGAGGAUGGUGAUGACACCUUCAUGGACGCCAUCGACGAGCUAGGUGGAUGGCCCUUGAUCAACGGUACCGACUGGGAUGGCAAAGAUUUCAACUGGGCCGAUUGGUACAUAAAAGCGAAACAGUUGGGUCUUCCCGUGAUCGGGUUCUUCCAUUUUGAUAAAGCUAGUCCGGGUGUUCUGAGGGUUAGAGGACCAUUUUUGGAUUCAGAACAUUAUUACACCACAACAAGUUUCAAGAGGCUCAUGAAAGGAAUAUCUGAAGCAUUCGAUGCCCCUCCAAAAACCAAGGAUUACCAAGAUGUUCACCACUUGAUCAACGCACUAUACAGACAUAGAUAUGAACUAGAUUCUAUGUUUGAAGAUGAUGACGACGAAGAUGAUGAUGAUGCUGAUGAUAAUGACGACAAUGACGAUGAUGACGCGGAUGAAAAAGAAAAUGCGGAGGAACCUUCCACUAUAGCCAAUUUAACAGACAUAUGUCCCAACGUGCCUUGGCUAGAUAUCCUGAAUGGAAUUUCGGGAAAUUCUUCACAGUUCGACAACUCUUCCAAGGUUCAUUUUCGAGAGGAGCAUAUGCUGAAAUACUGCACGAAAUUGGAUACUUUGCUGAAGGACACAAAACCAGAGGUGAUUGCGAAUUACUACAUAUGGAGCAUAAUUCACAAUGCCCAUAAAUACAUGAGUAGAGACAUCAGAGGAGUGUACGAAGACAUCGAUGAUGAUGACGAUGACAGGUUCAAAACUUGCUACAAAUCGAUCGAUGAAAGGUUCGAAUACGUCAAAGAAACGGUUUACAUAAGGAGGAAAACAUUUCCGAAGGUGAAGAGGGAUCUUUUCGAAAUGAUCGAAAUAAUAAAGAAACUUUUCGUCGCUCGUCUGAAAAAAUGCGAUUGGAUGGAUGAGAAGUCAAAGGCUAUGGCUCUGAAGAAGGCCGAAAGCAUAGAAAAUCUGGUGGGAGCCGAUGACGACCUGUAUGACGUUAAGAAGUUUGACAAAAUUUUGGGUUUGGAUGAGUUCAACUUCACAUCCGACAAUCUUUUCAAAAUGUACCAAGAGAAACUAGUCAAAGAGGAUCACAGCUUCUUCGAUAAGCUCGAUGAUGAAGACGAUGAUGAUUGGCCAACAUUCUUUGAGAAUGCCGUAGAAGUAAACGCAUUCUUCCUCUUAUCUGCUAAUGUUAUGGUGAUUCCUGCACCCAUCCUGACAUCCAUCUUCUACAACUGGAAGUUCCCAGCUUCUAUGAACUACGGGGCUAUGGGCAGUACAGUUGGUCACGAAAUAAUGCACGGUUUCACCGAAUCUUCCCGUGAAUACCUCGUUGAUGGCGAACCUGUGGACUGGUGGACGAACGCCACCAAAGAAAAUUACGACAAGAAGAUACAGUGCAUCAUAGACGAAUACGAGAGCAUACCAUUCAAGUACAGGCUGAACGGGACUCUGACGCUGGAAGAGAACAUAGCUGACUUCGUAGGCGCCGACAUUGGUUACGAGGCUUACAAAAUGUGGGUCAAGAAACAUGGCGUAGAGAGAAAAUUGGCAGGAGUACCCUUGACACCAGAACAGAUCUACUGGGUUCAGACGGCGACCAAUUUCUGCUUCAGGAAACUCGACGACAACGACGUAGACUUUGAGGAAGAAGACGAGCAUGGAAUUCCGGCUUUUCGAGUCCAGGGUCCUGCCAGACAUUCCGUUCACUUUGCGGAAGCCUUCAACUGUCCCUUGGGCACUUUCAUGAACCCAAAAGACAAAUGCCAGAUUCUCUGAUUGGUUCAUUGUCCAUGAUUAAAUUUUUCCAAAUUGCCAUAAUUGAUUUAAUGUGAAAACCUAUUUUCAACAGUAUUUUUCACGAAUCUUGCCCGGUUCGAU